GGUGGGUAUCCAAAUGCUUUCAGCCAUUAAAUACUCACCACACCUCGCGCUCGCUGCAGAGGAUGUGGACUCAAACUAAGAGUAUCCCUAUAAAACCAUCAAGAAACAACAUGAGCGAUCACGGGUAGUGUUUCUUCUUCUUUCCAUAGACGGCACAGGGGAAAGCUUUAACACUCAUAUCAAUUUCAUCUGUACGAGUAACACAGUGGCAGAGGUUGCUUAGUCCUUACUUAGGGUUAAGAGAUGGAGGAGGGUUUGUUGGAGAAGGAGAGAGAAGGAGAGGUUUUAAGAUGGGGAGUGAUAGUAGAGGAAGCGAAGAAAGUUGGAUACAUAGCAGGUCCAAUGGUGGCGGUUACUCUGUCACAGUACCUGCUUCAGGUCAUCUCCGUCAUGAUGGUCGGCCAUCUCGGUGAGCUUGAACUCUCCAGCACCGCCAUCGCCACUUCCCUCACCACAGUUACCGGCUUCAGUCUACUCGUAGGAAUGGCAAGUGCACUGGAAACCCUAUGUGGACAAGCUUAUGGAGCACAACAUUAUAGAAAGCUUGGGAUUCAUACUUAUAGCGCCAUUGUCUCUCUCACCCUGGUUUGUCUCCCUCUUUCCCUCAUAUGGGUCUCCUUGGGAAAGCUACUCUCUUUCAUAGGCCAGGACCCCUUAAUCUCAGCUGAAGCUGGCAAAUAUGCAAUGUGGCUCAUUCCUGCUCUACUAGCUUUUGCCACCCUUCAACCACUCAUUAGAUAUUUCCAGGCUCAAAGUAUGAUCCUUCCUAUGCUUUUAAGCUCUUGUGCGACUCUGCUUUUCCACAUCCCCCUUUGUUGGGUCCUAGUAUUUAAGGCAGGACUAAAAAACAUUGGAGCUGCAUUAGCAAUCGGCAUAUCCUAUUGGUUGAACACAAUCUUCCUCAUAAUGUACAUGAAGUACUCUCCCUCUUGUGAGAAAACUCGUGUGCCAUUCUCGAUGGAGGCACUCCAAGGAAUCGGCGAGUUCUUCCGACUUGCUAUCCCAUCUGCUGUGAUGGUUUGUCUUGAAUGGUGGUCUUUUGAGCUGCUUGUAUUGUUGUCUGGCCUUUUACCAAAUCCAGAGCUUGAGACUUCAGUACUUUCUGUGUGCCUCACCACCAUCUCAUUGCUCUAUGCAAUUCCAUAUGGAGUUGGUGCUGCUGCAAGCACGCGAGUUUCAAAUGAAUUAGGAGCUGGGAACCCACAUGCAGCUCGUUUGGCUGUCUGUGUUGUGAUGCUUAUUGCAGUUACAGAGACUUUUAUAGUAAGUUCGACCCUGUUUUCCUGUCGACAUAUUCUUGGUUAUGCUUACAGCAAUGAGAAGGAAGUCGUUAAGUAUGUUAUGGAGAUGGUUCCUCUAAUUAGUGUCUCAGUUAUCAUUGACAGCCUGCAAGGGGUCCUUUCAGGUGUUGCUAGAGGAUGUGGCUGGCAGCAUUUAGGGGCGUAUGUCAACCUUGGGGCUUUCUAUCUUGUUGGGAUUCCUAUAGCUACUGUAUUGGCUUUCCAUUUAAAUUUCAGAGGAAAGGGCUUGUGGAUUGGAAUCAUGGUUGGUUCUUCUUUACAAAUAACUCUGCUAUCGAUUAUCACAGGUUGCACAAAUUGGCAAAAGCAGGCAAUCAAGGCAAGGGAGAGAAUAUUUGAAGGAAGAUUUCACUAGAGAAUGGAUCAAAGUGAAUGAGCAAGGUUACUGGUAAGCUAUUGUGUCAUUCUUUCGUUCUGGUAGUGCAUCCGAAAGAUGAUACAAGGGUGAAGAAGAAAAUAAAGCUAACAGUAGCAUUGCUUGAGAAAUCAAUAUAUUGUUCUCAGAAGAAGUUUACUUACUGGGAACACAAAAGCAAUGUAUUGAAAAGGAUUGAAAGCCAAGGAUAUCCCACCCUCAACUUUCUCACAAAACAACUCUUAAGAUGUAGAUAUACAAUAAAAAGGAAUGCUAGCCCUUAGUGCCCUUGAACUUUACAAACUACUACAUUAUUUGUGGGGUUAGAAUCUUCAUUUCCGUAUAUAUUCAUUCCUGAGCUUUUCAAUAUAAGUAUGGCAGGUGGGAUCUUUGGAACGGGAA